AAGAGUUGUGUUACUUUCUGAUGAGGUCCCCUGCACUCCAGAUGGAGACAGUCCUGGAGAAGUAUGAGGUCUACAACCCCAUCCCCGUCAUUGUGGGCAGCUCCGUGGGGGGGCUGCUGCUGCUGGCUGUCAUCACGGCCGUCCUCUACAAGCUUGGCUUCUUCAAACGUCAGUACAGAGAAAUUCUGGAUAACAAACCUGAAGAGACCGCCACAUUCAAUGGGGAGGAUGUCUGCUGUGAGGACCCAAGUGUGCCUUUGUCCUAACAAUUCACUUUUCUGUUGGUCUCUACCCCCAUAGGCUGGGCUUCACUUUGCCUACAGAUUUACUUCCAGGGGAAUAACUUCUGUAUAGAUCUAGACUGGAUUUAGCAACUUACUGGGUGCUAAGCCACCUUCUCAAGGCAUUGAAAGGUUUUUAUAUUUGAACAGAUUUGUCAGAGUUCUUCAGUGAUGGCCCACUUUUUACAGAAGCAAGCAUGAUGCGAGCAUAAAUUUUAAUAUAUGUAAGAAUUGCCAUAUUAAA